GGUCCCCGAGCUGGAUGGCGGGAUGAAAGGAGAGCGCCGCGGGCGGAGCGCGGCCUGGCACCGGAGGGCAGCCCGGGGCACGGCACCCCUGGCACACAGCGCCGCUAGGCCUCAACCCGCCUGGGAGUCCGAGAAACCGGGGGAGAGCAGCUCGGGGGGAGCUGGAAUCACUGGAAAGGCGCUGAGUACUGGUUAUUGUCGUCUAUGCCAUGGGAAAUUCUCUUCUCGAAGCCUGCGCAAUGCAUUUGGUAAGUUUCCAGUGAUUGGUCGGAGUUCAGAGAAGCAGAGGCGCCUGGAUCAAGUAUUCUAUGCGGACUUUCAGCAGCUGGUGGGAGUAUCGGUCCGCAAAGACCCAGAACUUCCACAGUUUGUGUGCAAGGACUGCCAUGCCCAGUUUUACAAGUGUCGAAGCGUGCUCAGGACCUUUAUCCAGCGUGUGAACACAUCUCCCACCAAACCACACAGCAGCAGAGCAGACAGUGACCUGCAUAAUGAAGUAAAAUGCACAACAGAAUCAUGUACAGAUUUGAUCACAUCAAGCUCUGAUUGUCUGCUUGGACUGGUGAGCUGGACACACAACCAUGCUGGGAGCUGCCAUUCUCUACCGAGCCUCCAGCAAGUUAUAUCCACACAAUACUGUGGCAUCAUCCGGGCAGUGUGGGGAUGCAAUGGAGGACACGAUUACAUCAUGGAAAUGGACUCUGACACCAAUGCCUCACCUACCUUACCAGGGCACGCCAAGCCCACCCUAGCAAGUGGCAAUGGGACACACCAUAUAAGCACAGAGACUGUACAUAUGCCCUCAGUAUGCAUCUUGUCGGAUAGAACGGACACCAGUCCACCCCUUCCUGAUAUUGUUGGAGUAGGGAGUUUCCCUCCACAGAGUCAAUCACCUGCACUGCCACUAGACACCCCAGCUCCUCGGAGUUGUGCGCUGGACCCUUCACAUGCACAUGCCGUCAGGAAUCGGCCACGGGUUUCACAUGAAACCAGAAAGGCAGAUGGCAACUACCUCUCGGACGGAGAUUUCCAGAGCAGGGAGAACAGAGAAGAGCAGGUGGACCGGCUGUCCUCCGAUGACUGUUUUGAAGAAUUGACAGAAAAGAGGAGGGAUCUUCACAAAAGAAAAGAGUCUGGAGAUACAGGGAAAAGUCCAUCAGAGCCUAGACCAAGAAAGAAACCUGGCCCUAAACCGGGCUGGAAUAAAAUUAAGCAAGAGCGGGAGGAACUGCCUCCAAUUUACAAAUGUCCUCACCAGGGCUGCACUGCGGUUUACAGAGGAGCUGAUGGUAUGAAGAAACACGUUAAGGAGCAACAUGAAGAGGUACGGGAGCGGCCAUGCCCCCAUCCUGGUUGCAACAAGGUAUUCAUGAUUGACCGGUACCUCCAGCGGCAUGUUAAACUCAUUCACACAGAGCAGAGGAAUUAUAUCUGUGAUCAGUGUGGCCAGGCCUUCAAGCAAAGGAAGCACCUCUCUGUUCACCAGAUGAGACACUCUGGGGCAAAACCUCUGCAAUGUGAAGUGUGUGGGUUUCAAUGUAGGCAGAGAGCGUCUCUCAAGUAUCACAUGACCAAACACAAGGCCGAAUCUGAUCUGGAAUUUGCAUGUGACCAGUGUGGGAAGCGAUUUGAGAAGGCUCAUAACCUCAAUGUACACAUGUCAAUGGUGCACCCUCUGAUACAGAUCCCUGCCACAGAAGCAGGGAGAGAGCCCAAUGUCCCUUCAGGAGCAACAGAAGGACAACCACUAGCAGAAAUCCCCCAGGAGCCUCCGCCUUGAGGGGGGACAAAUCAAGAACAUUGGUUUUGUAGUGUUUUUAUCAGAUUGCUGAAUAUAGCAUGAGAUGUCUUUCUGAGCCUUUUUUUAAAUCCUGCUUUUAUACUGCAAAUCAUAGGGCACAGGAAACAUCCCACCGUAUAAAUCAUGACCUGAUCGUAUGGCAAUUGGCAUUUUAGCUAGACCACACUUGCAUUAAUUGUGGAGAAAGUAUAUCCCCCAGCAGUGUAGUUGGAGGCGUUUUAUGGUAAAUAUUGAUAUUCAGGGUCCAUGGCAGGAAAAUUAUUUUCCUAAUAUUGGAAAAGGGUUGUGAAGCACUGAACUAGCCUAUAAAUAAAUACUGAUUUUAUGGAAAA